UUUUCUUGUGUUUUCUUUCUUUUCAUUCAAACAUGUCCUUAUCACUCUUUCUACCAGCUAUCCCAGCAAUUCUUUUCCUCUAUUGCAUUGUAACUGCAGCACUGUACAUCUUCAUUCACCCCUUACGGCACAGAAGGCUUAUAUUGUGGGAUAAGCCUGGGUUGAAGUGUAGUAUCAAGGUGCGGGCAUAGGAGGAAGCUACACCAGCCUGAAGCCUUUGGAUUCAGUCAGCG